CAGGAAAUGACUUAGAAGCCUUACAAAUACAUCUGCGCAUUCUUGCUUCAGACUUUACAAUUGAGGGCUGGCCCAGUCUGGAAGCACCUCUUAUUAAUGUUACAAGGAAACCGCUACCUCAGCAAACAAAAGGAAAGGAGGAGAAGACGUAUAAUAACAAAUGACUUUUUUUUAAAACUUGUUUUCAGAAAACAUUAGAAGAAAUUUGGAAAAUGUUAGCAUUGCAGAGGAGAAGCUUUAUAGAGGUCCUGUCUACACUGAAAAUAUUAAUUCUGUAAACCUGUUGUUAUCUUGAUAUCUACGUUGGAUCACAUGGUCACCUGCCUCAUGGAAAUGCCUUUUUUAAGACUUCAAUUUGCAGAACUCCACUAUUUUUAUACCUAGCUACAGUUUUGCAAAAAAAAAAAAAAAGAAUUAGAACCCUGACCUGCUCACUGUCGCUGGGACAAUUCCCCCUCCCGCAUGUAUUGCUGCAGUGCUCAGGACAGUAAAAUGGACUACAAGCGGCGCUUCCUGCUUGGCGGGUCCAAGCAGAAGGUGCAACAGCACCAGCAGUACCCGAUGCCUGAGCUGGGCCGAGCACUGAGUGCUCCCCUGGCAUCUACGGCCACCACUGCCCCCUUGGGCAGUCUGACUGCUGCAGGCAGCUGCCACCAUACCAUGCCCCACUCUACUCCCAUUGCUGACAUCCAGCAAGGCAUCUCCAAGUACCUGGAUGCCCUCAACGUCUUCUGCCGUGCUAGUACUUUCCUCACAGAUCUCUUCAGCACUGUGUUCAGGAACUCUCACUACUCGAAGGCGGCCAUGCAGCUCAAGGAUGUACAGGAGCAUGUCAUGGAAGCAGCCAGUCGGCUGACCUCAGCCAUAAAGCCUGAGAUCGCCAAGAUGCUGAUGGAACUUAGUGCUGGAGCCGCAAACUUUACAGAUCAGAAGGAAUUCAGUCUCCAGGACAUUGAGGUGUUGGGGCGAUGCUUCCUGACAGUGGUGCAAGUCCAUUUCCAGUUUUUAACUCAUGCAUUACAGAAGGUCCAGCCAGUGGCUCACUCUUGCUUUGCUGAGGUUGCGCCAGAGAAAAAGAACGGCAGCAGUGGUGGCAGCUUAUCUGGCAUGGGCCACACACCGGAACUGGAGGAAGCUGUACGGUCCUGGCGGGGGGCUGCUGAGGCAACAUCUAGACUAAGAGAAAGAGGCUGUGAUGGUCGCCUGGCAGGAAUUGAAGUUCAACAACUCUUUUGUUCUCAAAGUGCAGUAAUUCCUGAGCACCAGUUAAAAGAACUGAACAUAAAAAUUGACAGUGCAUUGCAAGCAUAUAAGAUGGCUCUGGAAAGCUUAGGCCACUGUGAAUAUGCAAUGAAAGCUGGCUUCCACCUCAACCCAAAGGCAAUUGAAACAAGUUUGCAGGGCUGCUGCAGCGAGGCGGAAGCCCAGCAGACGGGGCGGAGGCAGACACCCCCGCAGCCCAUGCAGUGUGAGCUUCCUACCGUCCCUGUGCAGAUAGGAUCGCACUUCCUGAAGGGCGUCUCCUUUAAUGAGUCGGCCGCCGACAAUCUGAAACUUAAGACGCAUACAAUGUUACAGCUGAUCAAGGAAGCAGGCUGCUCUAAUGGAAUCACAUCCAGGGAUGAUUUUCCUGUUACUGAAGUGCUGAACCAGGUUUGCCCAUCCACCUGGCGGGGUGCCUGCAAGACUGCUGUGCAGCUACUGUUUGGCCAAGCUGGACUGGUGGUGGUCGACACAGCACAGAUUGAAAAUAAAGAAGCCUAUGCCCCCCAGAUCAGUUUAGAAGGCUCCAGAAUUGUGGUUCAAGUCCCAUCUACAUGGUGCCUGAAAGAAGACCCUGCUACCAUGUCCCUGUUGCAGAGAAGCCUUGAUCCUGAGAAGACCCUGGGUCUGGUGGACGUGCUCUAUACAGCUGUGCUGGACCUAAGCCGCUGGAGAGCAGGGAGGGAGCAAGCUUUACCCUGCAUACAGAUCCAACUUCAAAGGGAGAUCUGUGAUUUUGGAAAUCAGGCUGACCUGCCUUCUGGAAAUGGAAACAAAUCUUCAGGUGGCCUGCAGAAGACAUUCUCCAAACUGACAUCUCGUUUCACCAAGAAAGUUUCAUGUACCAGCUCUAGCAGCAGCACAAAUUAUUCCAUCCAAAAUACCCCUUCCAAAAACAUCUUUAUAGCUGGAUGUUCAGAAGAGAAGGCCAAAAUGCCUGGUAAUGUUGAUGCCAGGUUACAAAGCAUUUUGAACAUUGGUAAUUUCCCUCGGACUGCAGACCCUUCACAGCCAGCUCAGAAUUCCAGCGAUCCAGUGGCCAAUGGUUUUCUCCUCGAGAGGCGUGAGAACUUCCUGCAUGGGGAUGGUGGCCCGGAUGAAAAGGGCAUGAAUUUACCAACCGAUCAGGAAAUGCAAGAGGUGAUCGAUUUUCUCUCGGGCUUCAACGUGGGCCAGUCCCAUCAGGGCUCUCCAUUGGUGACAAGGCGUAAUUCUGCUGCGACAGCCGCAGUGACUGAGCAGAAGACAGGAGCCGUGCAGCCACAGCAGUCAUCACUGCCAGUGCCCCCUCCACCACGACCACCCCAGGCUGGGGCCCACACACCCUUGACACCCCAGCCAGGACUGGCACCUCAGCAGCAGUCCCCAAAGCAACAACAGCCCCAAGUCCAGUACUACCAACACCUACUCCAACCUAUUGGACCACAGCAGCCCCCGUCCCAGCCUCGGGCACCUGGGAAAUGGGUACAUGGCUCAUCCCAGCAGCCAGCACAGACUGUUGGAGCAGGUCUGUCUCCUCUUGGUCAGUGGCCUGGCAUAUCUGAUCUCAGUUCUGACUUAUACAGCUUGGGUCUGGUGAGCAGCUAUAUGGAUAAUGUGAUGUCGGAGGUUUUGGGACAGAAGCCACAGGGACCUAGAAAUAACACCUGGCCAAACCGUGACCAAAGCGAUGGAGUAUUUGGAAUGUUGGGAGAGAUUCUGCCUUUUGAUCCUGCAGUGGGCUCAGAUCCAGAGUUUGCACGCUAUGUGGCAGGAGUGAGCCAGGCAAUGCAGCAGAAGCGCCAAGCCCAACACAGUCGCCGUCCAGGCAACCCCCGGGGCAACUGGCCACCCAUGGAUGAUGCCCAUCGGACCUGGCCCUUCCCAGAGUUCUUCACAGAAGGGGAUGGCUUGCACAGCGGCUGGUCGGGUGCUCAGGGAGACUCAGCAAGCUCGAGUGAUGAGACAUCCUCAGCCAACGGAGACAGCUUAUUCUCCAUGUUUUCAGGGCCUGACCUCGUUGCUGCUGUCAAGCAGAGAAGGAAACACAGCAGCGGAGAGCAGGAGACCAGCACACUGCCCUCGCCACCUCUCCUCACUGCAGUGGAGGAUGUGAAUCAGGAUAACAAAACCAAAACGUGGCCACCCAAGGCACCCUGGCAACACCCUUCCCCGCUGCCCAGCACACUACCUAGCCCAAGCGCACCGCUCUACGCAGUCGCCAGCCCUGGCAGCCAGUGGAAUGACACCAUGCAGAUGCUGCAGUCCCCCGUGUGGGCUGCCACCAGCGACUGCAGUGCUGCCUCCUUCUCCUAUGUGCAGACCCCACCCCAGCCCCCAGCCCCACCAGCACACAAGGCAGCACCCAAGGGCUUCAAGGCCUUCCCCGGGAAGGCUGAGCGCAGGCCAGCCUAUUUGCCCCAGUACUGACCCAAGACCAGCCUGCCAGUCUGCCCAGAGUUGUUGGGGCAGGUGUCCCCACCCCGGGGCCGACGGGUUCACAUCAGCUCCCCAGAGGACCAGUGCCGCCCUGUCUCAGGGAGGGUUCCUUGGGGACGAGGGUGGUGGGCAGCUCUAAGCCUUUAAACCCGGCUUCUCAAACUUUGGAGGCAUCGGCUCCCUGGAGAGCCUGCUAAAGACAGAGGUUUCUGACCCUCAAGGGGAUGCUGGAGAAUCUGCAGGCUAAGAAGCACUUCAGGUGAUUCUGAUGUAGAUGGCCACAGGUGACACUCUAAGAAAUACAGCUGUUCGGUUUUAAGUGGUGCUGUGUGUUGGAAAGGCAUCAGGCCUGAAGGCUGAGAGCAAAACUGACCAUUCUUUGGAAACCCUCUCUUUUCACUCCUUAACACCUUGAGUGAUGACCACACCAGUCACUGUAUUUUAUAGCUAUUUUGUCGUGUAGGUUUUUAGUUAAACUAUCUCCUACCUAAAAUACAUUGGGUAUUUUAAAAUUACGAAUAUACUGGCUGGAGGUUUAACACUAUCUUUAUUUAAGCUUAUACAAAAUAAGCAAAGUAUAGAUUAUUUGUGAUCAGAAGCAAUUGCCUGGGUUUUCUGUGGCUGGGCAGCCCCUCACCACCCAGCAGUACCCAGGGAGUGCAGCCUUUACCAGAUUUACAAAAACAGGACUGUAUAACUGAUGUUAUACAUGAUGCCAUAUUGCUGAAAGUAUAUGGAGACGAGCUAGCUGGCUGCUGUCUGUGUGCAGUCUAAAGCUGCACCUGCUGCCCUUGGACCCUCCCACAUGGCCAGAGGCACUGACACAUCCUCAGAGUGUAGGGGUGUGGGCAAGUGACUGCUCAGAGAUACCUGCACUUGAAAUUACAGUAACAUUUGUGACAAACCAAUUAAGAUAUAGAUGGAAAUUAAUGUCUUUUCCUUAAAAAAAAAAAAAAAAAUCCACCUCGUUUUCAGUUAAGUGUGCCAUUAAAUAGCUAACAUCCUGUGGAUUUAGGGAUAUAUUUCCAGCCAGAAUGGAUCCAAAAGAAUUGAAUGGUGCUUAAAUUGAGAAAUAAUAAUAAAUAUAUCUAUAU